CUUACGGUACCUGUUAAGUGUCAAACGACAGCGUUACCUCAUUCCAUUACAUCUGAAAACGCCAAAACACCCCCUCGGAAAAUAAGGAACAAAGAAAAAACGAUACACCAUCACUCGAUCUUCUGUUCUUUCUUAAGUCCGAUUUGGAUCUGUGAUUCACUUAAUAAUACUUUAAAUCCUCGAAUUUCGUAAUUUUGAAUCAUAAGGAGUUCUUCAUCGAUCAAUUUUGUUCCGUGAUUACUUAUAAUUUAUGAAUGAGAUGUUCCGAUUCGAGCAAGAAAAGAUCAGAAAACGGCUUUGAUUAUUGUUUUAUUUUCCUGAAUUGAAUAGAGGAUUUUGAAUCAUUGUUGUUUGUAACAACGUCUGCUAUGGCCGACGGUUUAUCCGCCAUUCCGGCGGCUGUUCUCCGAAACCUGUCAGAUAAGUUAUACGAGAAGCGGAAAAAUGGUGCACUUGAGCUUGAAGGAAUUGUAAAGCAAUUGACAGUUGCUGGAGAUCAUGAUAGAAUUAAUGCUCUGAUUAAUCUGUUGACUCAUGAGUUCACUUUCUCAAACCAAACAAGUCAUCGGAAGGGAGGAUUGAUUGGACUGGCUGCAAUUACUGUUGGGCUGAGUGCCGAAGCAGCUCAACAUCUUGAGCAAAUUGUACCACCGGUAAUAAACUCUUUCUCAGAUCAAGACAGCAGAGUUCGUUAUUAUGCGUGUGAAGCUUUAUACAACAUCGCAAAGGUUGUGAGAGGAGACUUCAUUGUGUUCUUCAAUAAGAUAUUUGAUGCUUUAUGCAAGCUUUCAGCAGACUCAGAUCCCAAUGUACAAAGUGCAGCUCAUCUGUUAGAUAGACUCGUUAAGGACAUUGUGACAGAGUCUGACCAAUUCAGCAUUGAAGAAUUUAUACCUUUGUUGAGAGAGCGUAUGAAUGUGUUGAAUCCUUAUGUUCGCCAAUUUUUGGUUGGAUGGAUCACUGUGUUGGACAGUGUUCCAGACAUAGACAUGCUCGGUUUUCUUCCUGAUUUUCUUGAUGGUUUAUUUAAUAUGUUAAGUGAUUCCAGCCAUGAAAUCCGUCAGCAAGCUGACUCAGCACUUUCAGAGUUUCUUCAGGAGAUCAAGAACUCCCCGUCUGUAGAUUAUGGUCGCAUGGCAGAAAUACUUGUACAAAGAGCAUCUUCCCCUGAUGAAUUCACCCGUUGGACUGCAAUCACAUGGAUAAACGAGUUUGUAAAACUUGGGGGUGAUCAAUUGGUUCCUUAUUAUGCUGAUAUAUUAGGAGCUAUCUUGCCUUGCAUGGCUGAUAAAGAAGAAAGAAUACGUGUUGUAGCCCGUGAAACAAAUGAAGAGCUCCUUGCAAUCAAAGCCCAUCCUUCUGAAGGAUUUGAUGUUGGAGCAAUUCUCUCCAUUGUAAAAAGGCAGUUGUCGAGUGAAUACGAAGCCACUCGGAUUGAAUCAUUGCACUGGAUUUCAACCCUUUUAAAUAGACACCGAACAGAGGUCCUGUCUUUUUUGAAUGAUAUUUUUGAUACACUUCUUAAAGCACUAUCUGAUCCCUCUGAUCAGGUAGUGCUGUUGGUGCUCGAGGUGCAUGCAUGCAUUGCAAAAGACCAAUAUAACUUUCGUCACCUUGUUGUCUUUUUAGUUCAAAACUUCCGAAAAAAUGCCCUACUCCUCGAAAAGCGUGGUGCUUUGAUAAUCCGCCGGCUUUGUGUGCUUCUAGAAGCUGAAAGAGUUUACAGGGAACUUUCUGCAAUUCUUGAAGGGGAAUCAGACCUGAAUUUUGCCUCUACUAUGGUUCAGGCUUUGAAUUUGAUUUUGCUCACAUCUUCCGAGCUAUCUGACUUAAGAAAUCUUUUAAAGCAAUCGCUGGUUAAUGCUGCUGGAAAAGACUUCUUUUUAUCACUAUACGCCUCAUGGACCCAUUCAUCCAUGGCCAUAAUAAGUCUAUGCUUAUUAGCACAGGCUUACCAGCAUGCAAGCUGUGUGAUUCAGUCUCUAACAGAGGAGGAUAUAAAUGUCAGAUUUUUAGUUCAGCUUGACAAACUGAUAAACCUAUUGGAGACUCCUAUUUUUGCUUAUCUUAGGCUGCAGCUUCUUGAACCUGGAAAAUAUGUAUGGUUGUUAAAAGCGUUAAAUGGUCUUCUUAUGCUACUUCCACAACAAAGUGCAGCUUUUAAGAUCUUAAACACUCGUUUAAAAACAGUCCCUUCCAUACACUUUUCUGAAGAUGGUAACAUGAAUGAUGAUUCCAUUUCCAUUUCCAUUUCCCCCAAUGGAAUUAACUUUGCAUCUUGGCUUCAACGAUUCCAACGAUUGCAGCAACAGCAUCGUCUGCAUUGUAAAUCACUCAAUACCUCCACGUCAUCAAAGGUGAAGGAGGUUAAAAAAGCAGAAGAAUUUAGAGGACCACCUGUCCCAGAGUUGACCAGACCUCCUUCAAGAUUAUCGCGUAAAGCUCCUGGACAGUUACAACUUUAAACCUGUGUUUUUUUGUUACAUGAGGAGGAGGGCAUUUAUGUCUUUUGCUCAGGUCCUGUAUGCAUGCCAAAAUACAGUACAACAUGAUCCAGACUCGUUGAACAGAAUCCGGUACGAAUUGUAGAUUGUAUAUCUUAGUAUUUUUUUUUCUUAACUUUCAUUGAACCAAUAAGGUGUCUAUUUUCUUUUCUGUUUUAUUGUUUUUUGUUUUUCCUCGGAUUUUUUUUUCUGGAUUGUUGUUCUUGUGGUUCUGUUGUUUUUGUCACGGGACCAGAGGUUAGAUGUUCUAAGUUAGAACGUGCAGGUCCUUUUCGUUGAUAUUUUUAUAAUAAGAAAAUCUUAAGGCGUUCAUUUAAUUCAUUUUAGAGUAAAUUACAUUUUCGGUCCCUUUGGUUUCUCAUUCUAUACAGUUUUGAUCCAAACUUCAUUUUUGUUGUACAUUUGUCCCAUAUAGUUUCAUAUUGCUGCGGUUUUGGUCUGUAACCUAUGAAAAAUGACUAUUUCAUCGUAGCUGAUAUCUUUUUCCCUCCUUUGUCAUUUGUUUAUGAUUUAUAUUAUUAUUAUUACUAUUAUAUUAGUGGGCAACGCGUAUUCUUUUUUCUAGAACCUUAUAACUCUCUUAAAACACACGCUUUCUCUCUGAAACUCAUGAAUCUUACCACUCUAUGUUACACAAGUGAUAGAAGUCAAUAAAAAAUCAAAUGAGAGUUGAUCGUCAUUGACCAAAUCCG